AGGACCGGAAGCGGAAUUGGGACCGGAACCCGAAGUGGAACCGGAACCGGAUGAGUGCGGGUCCGUGGCCGAGCGGUUCCUGCUGCUGGAGCGGCAGCAGAGCCGGUGGCUGCGGGCGCUGCCGCCGCCGGGCCCCGCCGUCACCCACGUUUACCGCCCGCUCGAGUACGCCUGGGAGCCGCACUGCCGCUUCGUGCGCGCCUUCUGCCGCGGGCCCAAGAGCGUCCUGUUCGUGGGCAUGAACCCGGGGCCCUUCGGCAUGGCCCAGACCGGGGUCCCCUUCGGCGAGGUGCGGGCCGUGCGGGACUGGCUGCAGGUGCGGGGUGGGGUGCAGCGCCCGCACCCGGAGCACCCCAAGCGCCCGGUGCUGGGGCUGAGCUGCACCCGCUCCGAGGUGAGCGGCGCCCGCUUCUGGGGCCUCAUCCGGCGCCUGUGCCCGCAACCCCAGCGCUUCUUCACCCACUGCUUCGUCCACAACCACUGCCCCCUCCUCUUCCUCAGCGCCUCCGGGCGCAACGUCCCCCCCAGCGACCUCCCCCCCCAGCACCGGACCCCGUUACUGGAGCUCUGCGACCGGGCGCUGGUCGCGGCCGUGCGGGUGCUGAGCGCCCGCCUGGUGCUGGCCUUGGGCCGCUUCACCGAGCACCGAGCGCGCCGGGCCCUGGCCGCCGCCGGCCUUGCGGGUAACGGGGAUGGGGAUGGGGUCAGGGUGGAGGGCUUGCCCCAUCCCUCCCCCCGGAACCCCCGCGCCAACCGGGAAUGGGAAGGGAUGGUGCUGAGCCGCCUGCGGGAGCUGGGGGUGCUGGAGGUGCUGGGGGUGAGCGGGGAGGAAGGGGAUGAACCCAAGGAGAGCAGGAUCGGGAUGCGGGAGGUGGGGUUUAAUGGCUCCGGGGCUCAGAUUCCCACUGGGAAACUGGCUUAG